AGCAACAACAGUAAAGAGAGAAACCCGCGAAAAUCCUCUCCUCCUCCUCCGCCAUCUCCGUGCAGAACCGCUUCUGCUCGAGUGCUGAUCACUCCACCCCUGGUUCUUCGUCUCCUCGGUCCUCCCUCUGUUCAAGCUCGCUCAUGCAGCAGCAUUCAGCCUCGUCUCGCAAACCGCGAAGAGCUUGAAACUAUCAUCUCCGAGGGGAGGAUUCAGUGUCCCACCGGCAGUCAUGAGCUGCGAUCCUCGCGUUCGCUCGACGCGUAGCGAGGACGUCGGUGAAGUCCCCGACGGGUCGGUUCCUGACCUCGUCACCCCGUUCAGGUCGGCGUUCAGGCUUCCCGUCGAGGACUUUCAAAAGUUUUUAGCGGCGACGCAGGAGAAAUGGAAGCUGGACAUCGAGGAAACGGAAGCCCUGAGGAAGGAGAGGGAGGCCCUGAGGGCGAGGCUCGAGGACGAGGCGAGGAAUUCGGGGAUCCUGAGGGAGGAGAACGAGCGGUUGCGUGCGGAGGUCGCGAGCCUCGAAGACGAGAUGCGGAAGGCCGAGGCGAGAGGGAGGGACGAGGCAGGGAUGUUGAAGGAGGAGAACGAGCGCUUGGCUGCCGAGGUUGCGAGCCUCGAAGACAAGAUACAGAAGGUCGAGGAGAGAGAGAGGGACGGGGUGGGAAUGUUGAAGGAGGAGAACGAGCGCUUGUGUGCGAAGGUGGCGAGCCUCGAAGACGAGAUGCGAAAGGGCGAGGCGAGAGGGAGAGAGGUGGAGAUGUUGAAGGAGGAGAAUGUUAGGUUGAGGAGGAACCAGGAAGUGUUGCACAAGAUCAAUAGAAUGUUGGAAUCGGAGAAAGCUGUUGGAUUGCUGGGAAAUGAGGAGGGAGUGAAGAAUGCGGAAGGGGAAAAGGGUGUGCCUGGUGAGGCCAAUGGCUUCAACAUGGAGAAUGAGGAUGGUGGGGAUGGCAUCGGUGCGGGGAAGGGAAAUGAUUCUCGGGUUGGCGGCAGUGUCUUUACCUCGCGAAAGGCGAGGACGAUGUUGUAUCUUGGAGAAGGUACUUGUGCGUCUGCUUCAGCUUCACCAUCGGCGGGUUCAAGAGGCAAAUCUCUUGUGAAAGAUGGUGGGGUUUCACAAGGUGAUGGGAGAACCCCAUUGAAGGAAGUUGAGGUAUGCAUAAUCGAUGAUGACGUAGCUGGGUCAGGACAUUUGAGCAGAAAUUAUUUGUCAUAUCAGAAGCCUACAGUUGGCAUGCAUCUUGGUGGGAGUAAUCAAGAGAGGGAGAAAAAAGAGCUUAAAAGGAAAAGAGGUUUGUGUCUCGAUCUAAUUGAGGGGAAGAACAAUUAUAACCAUGCCAAUGGUGCUGGUAUAAGCCGGACUCAAGAUGAUGGAAGAAAAAUGAUUCAGAAUGGUUCCAUUGAGAUUUGCUCAUCAGCUCCUGUUUCUUAUGGGUUCCACAAAUCUUUUACCCAGUCUGUUCGGAAUGUAACAAUUGUCAAACAGCAUGAACGGAAGAAUAUCAAAGGAAAAGACUCCAAAAACAGCUCGAGUAAGUUAACUGUGGUUAACUCUAUUGCACAUGAAAAAAAGGUCAGCUCAGGUACUGCUAAGCCAGCCAAUGUCAGUUGUUUGCAUGGAAGAGCAUGGGAGAAUGUGGAAGAGUUGCAGUCAGAUUUUGAAAGGGAUGAUGAGCUGUGUGUGAAGGCUGUCUGUGCUCUUUACAGACGGCAAAAGUUAGCCCGGACGGCAAUGGAGAAGAGCAUAAGUCAGGGCUUUAGUGGCCUCCGAUUGCUAAGGGGAAACUUUUUGGGCGAGUUUUUGACGGAUCGAGAUCCACAAUGUAAGCUGAAAAGGUCUGUCGAGGAUUUGCAAGAUCAUUGCCCGCGAGGCCUGAGUGACUGCCGAAAUAUAGCUAUUGAACACUGCCACCAGUUGUUUGCAAUGUAUCAGAAGAAAGAGGAUCCCUAUUUUCCAACAGAGUGAAGUUACGUCUUAUUUUCCGGAGGUUCCCGAGGCUAAAUGCUGCUCGAGGUUUUGGCGAAGAUGGUUCCUACGGGUCUACUUGUUAGUAGCUUUUUGCUUGACCCAUAUGCUCCGUUGCAUCCUACACUGUAGCUCGCUGCUCAGACAUUUGCGGAGUGUUUUCUUCUAUCUCUUCAUCACAGGAAAGUUGUCCAUUAUCGCUCUUACUUGUAAAAAUACAGAAUUAUAGCAAUUGGUCUUAGCAUUUAGGAUUCUCACGUCGUGCUUUUAGUUGUUGCAGAGCAGCUUAAAUGUAUUUUCCAGUUUUCAUAGUUGCCGGUCCUUUACUGAGGCUUAUGUAUAUAGCUCAUGAAUACUGCAAGGAGUCUCUUUUGAAAAUGUACCACAAGGAUUAUUGGCU